GAGGGAUGGAUUCCAAGGCGCUACACCUUGUGCGCCAUGGCCAGGCCUUCCACAACGUCCAAGGUGAAAUUCUACUGCAAAUGAGGAGCUCCUGGAAGAUUUUCCUGGACGGGAGAUGCAUCUUGAGGGCUUUUCGAUGUGCUGCAUCGUUUCCCCAGCGGCUCCUCUCCUCCCCAGCUGCUGUGAUGCCCAUUUACUACGAGCACGCCGACGCGAGCCUCACGGCUACUGGAUGGGAACAAGCUGAGUUUCUUCACAGGGAAUUCAGGAUUUCCGGAUUGAGAGAUCGAGUGGAGCUUGUUGUGGUGCCGCCCUUGACUCGGUAGUGUGAUUUCUC